GCUUUGCCUCGCUCGGGGCUUUAGAGAGCGAUGAGUGUCCGCAAGCACUUGAAGUUAGCUCCCAUUAAUCCGGUGCAGUUGCAACCGGCGGUACUGGAUCAGCUACCUCCCGGCCUGUCCACUGAAGCAGAAAUCGUGGUGGAUGGGGAACGCUUAAAAAUUCACGCCAGGGAGCUGGAAACGCUGGCAGAAAUCGGUCGUGGCCAGUAUGGCCGCGUCGAACGCAUGCUUCAUCGUCCGUCACAACGUGUCUUCGCUGUCAAAUGGAUUGCUCUGUAUCAGGAGCACACGAAUCGUGCACAGAUACAAAAGGAUCUGAGUGUCGGCCAAAACACCACAUGCCCUUGUGUGGUCAUGUGCUACGGCGGUCUACUUCACGAUUCCGAGGUGUUAGUUUUGAUGGAGUUGAUGGACAUUUCGUUGGAAAUGCUUCGAACCAAGGUGUAUGUCACAGACCAAGUAAUACCGGAGCACAAUUUGGCCUACAUAGUGCACCGCGUUGUAACUGGGUUAGAGUACCUACGGUCACAACUGCGUAUCAUGCAUCGAGAUGUGAAACCGUCGAAUAUGCUGGCAAACCGAGAGGGUCUCGUCAAGGUCUGCGAUUUCGGGAUCUCUGGAGAUCUGGUAAAAUCGUCGGCACCUACGAAUGUAGGCACUAAUCGGUACUUGGCUCCCGAACGUAUUAAUCCGAAACCCGAUCAAGCAUAUCGAAUUCAAUCAGAUGUUUGGUCACUUGGCCUCAGUGUGAUCGAAUUGGCCACAGGAGAGUUGUGUUACAAAGACAUGGACAAUGUGUUUCAGCAGUUGGAAGCGGUAGUGCAAAACGAUCCACCGCAGCUUCCGGCGAAUGAUCGUUUCUCGGACGAAAUUCGCGAGUUUACUAGCAAAUGUCUUGUGAAGGAUUUCACAGAACGUGCAAGCUAUCUAGAUUUACUCAACACUCCAUUUCUUACGUCGGUGGACAUUGAAGUUGGUCAGAAGAGCUUGAGCUACUUUUUAGCGCCAUUUUUGGAUUUCUAGUUCUUUAUCUUCCACACGCCUUUUGUUCGCUCCUGAUAGCUUAUCAGUGUUUGUUCAAGGUCUCUUUCAGCGCUUUCCAUUCUUUUCCUCGAUAACAGACAAACUUGCCCACUCCGCAUGCUACUUGACUUCACUAUUGAUUUUGCCCCACAACUACCUCCUUGUGGGUACUUUAUUGCCACCUCUCUAUUUCCCUCUCACCACUGCAUUAUUUUCUCCCCUCUAGUUUGGUGCAUUUCCCACACAGAUGACAUCCAAAAUUUUUGAUUUCAUUUUUGCCGAUUAGGGAUACUGUCCGUAUUGCCCGGUUUUCACGUGAACUUUCUUUCCUUCCUGUCGUUUUUCUUCUCUUGUGCGAAUUUGCUCCUACCCACACUACUCCACUGCUCAUCAGUUUUAGGCACCACUGAGUUUCUUCCUUUGCUCUCGAUCUUCCCUGACUUUCAUUUAUUAUUCAGGUUCAGUUUCGAAAUUGCGCCGUUAUUUCGAUGCAGCUGUUAUUACACAGAAACAAUGGUCUUUACUUGUACUUGAUCCGUUUAGACGUCGAUGCAUAACUGACUCGCCGUUUACGUGACUCUGACGUCCACAUUGAGGCAUAUUUUUUUCUAUCUCCGGUGGAGAAUUUUUGUGUAUUUAUACGUGCAUCUGUUAUUGAAAAUUAUUUUGUGAUUCUUGAAUUAUUUUCUUCCUUUCCUUGGAAUCGCUGCAUUUUUCCCAUCGGGACCUACCGAUUACCGAUGCAGAUAAAAAUAUUGGUCUGGCUACUUGCCACAUCAACUUCGCAUUGAUCUCUGCUUUGGAACACAUUCACCCGAUGUUCCUUUGUUCGGAUGACUAAUCAGCUCAAAAUCAUUCGUGAAUUAAAUCGAAAUCGGGUGCAUAGGAUAUACUCAUAACUAAAGCCACAGCGAUUGCUCGGGAUUGAUAAAGCACCCGCGUUGUCGCAAAAUGUUCCCCUGUCUAACGUCACCUCUAUGACAUCCUUUUCCUUCAUUUGUUUAGCAUUUCUAGGACUAUAUCUAUUGUUAGCCAAAUUAUUAUAAAUUUGUGAUAUUCAACAAA